AUGGCGCUGGCAGCUUUCAAGCAAGGACUCCUCAAGGGGGCAUUCCUCUAUCAUCUUAACUAUAAACAUCCAAAAGCCGCGUAUGAUCAUGUCAUGAGCGAGGCUGUGAUCUAUGCACAGGCAGAGUUCAUCACAUACAGAGAAACUCUACCACCUCUGCUGACACUAGCAAAGUCCACUCAGCCUUCAUCCAGUCAUCAGGAAACCCUAACAAGGCCCCUGCCACGUCGCAAACUGAUAAGAAGAGAGAGUGGCAACAUGGUAGCUACCAGAGCAAGUGUACAAGGAUCAAAUUCCGCCACCACCCCAAGAAAGUACCCAAGGGUGAGUAAACCCAGAAACACAGGCAAGUGGUGUAAGUACCAUGAGGACAGCGGGCACAAUACCAACAACUGCAAUGCUCUCAAAACAGUUAUCGAGACUUUGUACCGAGAUGGUAAAAUGGAACAAUUCAAGGUGCGCCAACCACCACCCGUGAUCACCAACAUUGAACCCAUGGGUCGUAGCAACACCAUUGAUGGUGGUACCCCAAUCACCAACAUGUCUCAUAGGGCGAAAAAACGCUACGCACGUGCUAACCACCCCAAAGAAGUGUGCAACAUCCGUUAUGAAAGGUCCGCUAAGCUCCCAAAAUCUGGUUGGGCGCCCUUUUCCUUCUCAGAGGAGGAGGAGAGCGGAGUACAUCUACCCCACGAUGAUCCAUUUUUGAUCGACAUCGUACCCGACAGAUGGUCGGUGGGAAGAGUCCUUGUUGACAGUGGGUCUGCUGUAAAUGUCAUCUUUAAUGGUUGCUACAAUAAACUUCAGUGGAAUAGAAAACUACUAUAG